AUGAGCCUUUCCCAGCCAUCCGAAGCCUCCAUAACUGCCGAGAGCACAACAGAACCAUUCGGGAUGUGGAACCGUCGCAUGCCAAACCCGGAAGAUACAAAGAUGAGAGCGUGGGACUUCGCAGUUGUUGUCUCCCUCGCUGGGGCGACCGCCGCCCAGCAAGACGUCAACCUGGACGAGUCCGCGGUCCGUUUCGCAAAGAGCUACAUUGUCGAAUAUGCAGUCGGUACGAUCGGCAAGCGGAGCUCUCUCGCUUCGACGGACGGCGUCAAGGUGGUGCGGGGCUUUGACAGCGAAGUCUUCAACGGCGCCAGCGUCGAGACCGCCGACCUUGACCUCGACGACCUGCUCGGCCUGCCGGACGUCGUCGGCGUCUGGCCCAAUGUCCCCGUCUACCUCGAGCCCUCUGCUCCGGUCGACGCCGACCUCCAGGCCGCCCCCUCUGCCGUGCACACCGUCACGGGCGUGAGCAAGUUACACGACCAGGGCAUUCUCGGCGACGGUGUCAAGAUCGGUGUCGUUGACACCGGUAUCUGGUACAACCACUACGCCCUUGGCGGGGGCUUCGGGGACGGCUUCAAGGUUGCUGGCGGAUACGACUUCGUCGGAGAUCAACUUUGGCCUGCUGUCGGAUAUGACAAGGAGCCGGAUGCUGAUCCUGUGGAUAUGGUGGGCCACGGCACUCAUGUCGCCGGUAUUGUUGCUGGGAAGACAGGCAAUUUCACGGGCGUAGCGCCUGAAUCAAAACUGUUCGCCUACAAGGUCAUGAGCAGACAGGGCUCGACAGAUUCCGCGACGCUGAUCGAAGCUUUCUUGACAGCGUAUGAUGAUGGAAUGGACAUUAUCACCUGUAGCAUAGGGGGCUCAAGUGGCUGGGCCGAGGAAGCCUGGGCGCUGGUUGCCUCCAGACUGGUCGAGCAAGGAGUUGUCGUUACUAUUUCAGCCGCCAACUCCGGCUCCCAAGGCCCCUUCUACUCCAGCAGCGGGUCGUCUGGCAAGAAUGUGCUCGCCAUCGCUUCCGCCGAUGUGCCAACCGUUGAAACGACCCGAGCCUCCCCUUUCACGUCCUGGGGCCUCCUCAACGACCUCAGCGUCAAGCCCGAUGUAGCGGCUCCCGGUGGCUCCAUCUACAGCACAUAUCUAGACAACCGCUGGAUCACAAUGAGCGGGACCUCCAUGUCCUGCCCCUACGUUGCCGGCGUGGCCGCCCUGUACAUCGCCGCCCACGGCGGACGCCAGGUCCACGGCAAGGGCUUUGCUUUGGCUCUUAGGAAGCAGAUAAUCGCCAGCGCUCUCCCGCUUAGGUACCACCAAGACGGGUAUACUGAGCUGUACGCAGCAGUGCCGCAGGUGGGUAACGGUCUGGUGGACGCGUUCAAGCUGCUUUAUUCCAACACGACAUUGGACUUCGAGCCAAUCGCGCUGAAUGACACCCGCCACUUCAACAGGUAUCACGACAUCACUGUCAAGAACGGGGGCGCUGAGGACGUCAGCUACCGGCUCUCGGCACAAGACGUCUACGGGGUCGAGACGUUGUUCUCGAAUGACGCCGCCCAGGACAGACAGAUAAAGCUCCGCGACGAUUUGGUUCCGCAGAAGUUGGCGGUGGAGGUCGGCCUGCCUCGCGAAUUCGUCUUGAAGCCCGGCGAAACCAAGACCGUCUCUAUCGACUUCAACAACCCGGAGACACUUGGAUGGAAAGCCGCAGGGCUUCCGCUCUACAGCGGUCGAAUCAUUAUUUCAGGAGACAACGGCGAAAAUCUCUCUGUGCCGUACGCGGGUGUCGCGGCCGAUCUGAAAAAAGAACUCACCCCUCUGUUCCGUAACGGCUUUCCUUACAUCGAGAGUGGUGCUCCUGUAGUCACUGGCAAGACUUCCUUCACCUUCAAUCUUGGCCUCGAUUCCCAAGACUUUCCCAAAGUUUACCAUAACAUGAUCUGGGGCACACGAGAACUCAGAUGGGAUAUCUUCGAAGCGGGAUGGACCGAGAGGCAAUGGGUAUACCCGCCGGUCGCCGGCGAGGGUGGCUACGUCGGAUCCGGUGCCUACUGGAUCGGUUCGGGACAGACGCCAUUCUUCGACCAGAGCAGAUGGGACCCCGAUGAAACGUUGUCCUAUCCAAAAGUUAACCAAGGGAGAAGCAACUCCAACUAUCAGAACUGGUGGUUUGGAAAGCUGGCGAACGGCAGUCAAAUUGCUAUUGGCAACUACACACUGAGAUACGCCGCUCUGAGGCCUUUCGGGAACCCCUCGCACUCGGAUGACUGGGCCACGUUUACCACUCCAAUGGAGGUCUUGGGCCAGUAUUGA